CGGUGUGGUUCUGUUGUGUCCGCUGGAGUUUUAGUGGGCUCCCACUGGGGUCCUGGGGGAUCCUGGUGGGGUCCCGGUGGGUCUCGGUGAGGUCGCAGUGCUUCCCGUUGGGCUCUAAUGGAUUCCUGGAGGGGUUCUGGGGCGUUCCUGGUGGAGGCAGUGCAGUACUGGUGGGGCUCCAGUGGGGUCCUUAUGGCUGCUGGUGAUUCCCGUUGGGGUCUGAAGGAGCUCGGUGGGUUCCUGGUGGGGUCCCGACGGUGUCAGAACCAGACCAGUACAGUCUGGUGCACCCAGUGGAAUCCCAGUGUGUCCCGGUGUCGAGCUGGUGUGCCCGGUGGGGUCGUGGUGGUUCCCAUUGGGGUGUUGGUGGGUCCUAAUGAAGUCCCCAGUUGUCCAGGUGGGGUCUCAGUGGUUCCCAUUGGGGUCCUGGGUGGAGUCCUGGUGGGUCCUGGUGCACCUAGUGAGGUCUCAAUGGCUGCUGGUGGGAUUCUGGCGGUUCCUGUUGAAGUCCAGGUGUGCUCAGUGAGGUCCUGGUGGAGUCCAACAUUCUUGGUCCCUAUGGGGUCCCCGUUGGGUCCAGUGUGUCCAAUAGCGUCUCAGUGGGUCCCAGUGUCAUCUUGGUGUGUCCGUGAGGUUUCCUCGUGUCCCCAUGGGUUUCUGGUAUGGUCCCAUUGUACCCAGUGGUCCUAGCAUGGUGCUGGUGGGGUCCCCGUGGUCCCCUUGCCCACAGGACGCCGCUCAGCGCCCCGCUCUGCCCACAGCGCCCGCCAUGAGGCUGUACAGCCUGAGCGUGCUGUACAAGGGCGAGGCCCGCGUGCAGCUGCUGAAGGCCGCCUCUGAUGUCUCCACCUUCAACUUCUUCCAGCGGUCCAGCGUGCAGGAAUUCAUGACCUUCACCAGCCAGCUGAUCGUGGAGCGCUCGGAGCUGGGCAGCAGGGCCUCGGUCAAGGAGCAAGACUACCUGUGCCACGUGUACGUGCGCAGUGACGGGCUGGCCGGCGUGGUGAUCGCCGACAACGAAUACCCGUCACGGGUGUGCUUCACUUUGCUGGACAAGGUCCUGGAGGAAUUCUCCAGGCAGGUGAGCAGGGCAGACUGGCCCUCGGGGUCUCCUGACACCAUCAGCUAUGCAGCUCUUGAUGGAUACCUCAGCAAAUACCAGAAUCCCCGUGAUGCCGACCCAAUGACCAGAGUGCAGGCAGAGCUGGAUGAGACCAAAAUAAUCCUGCACAACACUAUGGAGUCGCUGCUGGAGCGAGGGGAGAAGCUGGAUGAUCUGGUGUCCAAAUCAGAGGUGCUUGGGGUGCAGUCCAAAGCCUUCUACAAGACUGCCCGAAAGCAGAACUCAUGCUGUGAGAUUAUGUGACCCGGAGCCGGGGGUCUCCUGCUCCGCCUCACCGGGGCCUUCGCUCCCAUUCGGAUCUCGGCCGCUCCCAGGACUGAAAGCAGAACCCCGCGGGCUCCUGGGCCGUGCUGCAGCCUUACCCAAAAACUGGUCUUAGUGGCCCCUGUGCCGGGGGAGCGCCAGGAACGCGCCGUGCCCUGCCAUAACUCUGUCACACCAGCGAGUGCCUCGGCUGUGGGAUGGGGAGAGAGGAGCUGGGCCCCCCCGCAGGGCCUGGGGCUGUGUGGGGUGCGGGAGGGCUUUUAUGGGGCAGCUGCAGGGGGUGGGAGGGGAGGGAGGGGAGAUGGGUUUCUCUGGUCUGUUGCGGGCAGGGGGCUCCGCGCUGCAUUCUGCUCCCUUCCUCCAGCAGAACCAGGGGCCGGGGGGCAGGGAGGCAUUGAGGGGACAUGGCACUGCACGGGAACCCCUGCACCUGUGGCACUGGUGGGGGCUGUUACCUUUGGGAUGGGUCCAAGCCCCCACUUACUGCCUGUCCCCUGGGGCCUGGGGAACCAGCAGGGACGGGCGUGGGGCUCCCCACUCCCUGCCCCAUGGCAGCCAGGGGUGUCUCAGCCUCCAGCCCCACUCCUUGGGAAGGGCAAAGCUUUCGCUCGGGACUGUAGUGUGAUCGGUGUUGCCUGUUGUUUCCGUGCUGGCUGAUAAAGUUGCCUUUGAUGGUUGUA